AUGGCAGACUUGGAAAACAUGCUUCUCGAGGCAGCUGGGAGGACCAGUUCUCCGGUGAGAAACCGCCAAAAGCUUGGAAAGUCAAGAAUGAAAGACGGUGCGGCAUUCUCUGAUGGUGGAAGUAAUUCCAGAGAGGAAGACUCUGAUGAUGGUGCUGGUGCUGUAAGCAAGAAACCACCAAGAUGUGCAUCUCAUGUUCCAUUGAAGAAGAGGUUGGACCUCAGCAGAAGAGGUAGUGUUGUAUUUGAGAAUCAGGGAGGAGGUGAUUUGGAAGGUGGACGUCCUGAUAGGGAAGAUGGAAGCAGUGAAGAAUCUGAUGUUGGCAGUGAUCUUUACAAAAAUGAAGAUGACAAGCAGAGGCUUGCAAAGAUGACUGAACUUGAAAGAGAGAUGAUUUUGUCUGAUAGAGCAUCUAGAAAAGGUGAAAAGGAACUUAAGGAGAAAAUAAAACUGAGGAGGGACAGCAAUAAUGCAACGGCAAAGACUACUACUACUAGAUCACCUGUUGUCUCAUCUGCUAAGGUUCGUUCAUCAGCUAGAAAUGCUGAGAGGACAGCUGCAAAGGACGAUGUUCUAAGCGAAUUGCGUGCGAAAAGGAUGAAGCAUCAGAUCCUAGACACUCAUGGUAAAUCAGGCAAUGCAUCAGGAACAGUCUCAAGCAGCAAGGGAGUGAAGCCGAAACCCGAAAGCAGCUCGAGUCAGAGCGAGAGUGCCAUGAGGUCUGACAGUGAAAGAGAAUCUUCUGAUGAUGGCGGAUUGGCUGACAGCGAUGAUGACAAGAACAUGCUUGAAUCAGACAUGCCAACAUUUGAGAAUGUUAAGGAAGUCACCGUCAGGAGGUCAAGGCUUGUGAAGUGGAUGAAUGAGCCGUUUUUCGAGGAGCUAAUUGUUGGUUGUUUUGUGAGAAUUGGCAUAGGAAGAUCAGACAGUGGACCUGUUUACAGGCUCAGCAUGGUGCAGAGAGUUGAAUUGGGUGACCCUGCUAGACCUUACAAGGUGGAAAAUAAAGUCACUCAUAAGUAUCUGGUUUGUGUUUGGGGCAGUGAAAAAUCAGCUGCAAAAUUUCAGAUGAGUGUAGUUUCAGAAUCAUCACCAUUAGAGAAAGAGUUCAGACAGUGGCGAAGAGAAAUUGAGAGAACUUGCAGCCUCAUGCCUAGUAAGGUGAGCAUAUUGGAGAAGAAGGAGGCCAUAAGAAGAACCAACACAUAUAUUUACUCUGCAGCCACUGUGAAGCAGAUGCUGGAGGAGAAAAAAUCUGCUACAUCAAGGCCACUGAACAUUGCAGUGGAGAAGGAUCGUUUGAAGACGGAGUUAGAAGUAGCAAAAUGCAAGAACGAUCAGGUAGAGAUGGAUAGGAUCUUCGCAAAGCUUGCGGAAUUGGAAGCAUCGCGUCAAGCUCGGGAGAAUGAUUCAAAAGCAAAGAGGCUGGCUGAAAUGAACAGGAAGAACAGGUUUGAGAACUUCAAAAGCUUGGCUGAGCAUAGACAUAUGAAUGCAAAUUUAAAAGCUGGAGAAGGGUAUGAUCCAUUUUCAAGGAGGUGGACGAGGUCGAGGAAUUACUAUAACUCGGAGCAAGAAAAAGAAAACAAAGAAGCUGAGGAGAAUGAAGAAGGUAAAGGAGAAAAGGAUGAAAUUGCAGGUGUAGUUAGUAGGGGGAAGGAAGGAGAACCUGUUACUGCAACUGUUGGUGUUGAAGACACAAAAGAAGCAUUGCAAGCUGCUGCUAAGGCUGGGAAGUUGGUUGAUACCUUUGCUCCAGUGGAUGGGGGAACAGAAUCACACACACUGCAUGAUUUUGACUUGGAAAUUUCAUUGGCUGAGCUUAAGAAUUUUGGUGGAGCACAGGGGCUAAAGAAUGCGUUUUUGGCAAGGAAACAGAAAAUAGAAGCAACAAUUGGUUGCCAGGUUCCUGAGAACGAUGGGAGUAGGCAUGCUCUUACAUUAACUAUCAGUGACUACAAGAGAAGAAGAGGGCUUCUGUGAAGUUUGCAAGUUCAGUCUGAUGGACAUUUGUGUCAUUAAGUGUGUUUGGAAAACCGGUUGGUCUUCACAUUUAGCGGAGAAAUGAUUUUGGAAGAAGCUACUAAGGAGUAAC